CUUUAUAAAACAAGGGAUGAGAGGUCAAAGAAGCCUUGAAGUAUUGAAGAUGGGGAUUAUGAACUAUUCAGAAGCAAUUAAGCUCCAAGAGAAGCUCAUCUCUGAUAGAAAGCUUGGUAAAAUUACAGACACCCUUUUGUCUCUACAACAUCCACCUACAUAUACACUGGGGAAGCGGCGAACCUAUCAUAAUUUAUUAGUUCCUGAAUCUGAACUUAAGUCAAUGGGAGCAGAGCUUCACUAUACAGAGAGAGGAGGAGACAUCACAUUUCAUGGUCCUCAUCAAGCCAUCUUAUAUCCCAUUAUCAAUCUUCGAGAUAUUGGAUUAGGUCCUCGGAAAUAUGUAGAGAAUCUUGAGUUGUUGAUGAUUGAAUUCGCAUCUUUAUAUGGCGUCCAAGCUCAUGCUGGUAAAAAGGGUGAGACAGGGGUGUGGGUAGGAGACCGGAAGAUUGGCGCAAUUGGGGUUAAAAUCUCGUCGGGGUUCACUUCCCACGGGUUGGCAGUUAAUAUUGAUCCUGAUCUGAACUAUUUUAAGCACAUUGUGCCUUGUGGGAUUGUUGAUAAAGGAGUUACAUCUUUGAAAAGGGAGACAAACAUGGUGCUUCCAAGUGAAGAAGUUAUACAUGAACAGCUGAUAUCUUGCUUUGCUAGAGUAUUUGGCUAUAUAAAUCUCGUAUACAAAGAUACAUACCAAUAAUGCCCAUGGU